AUGCGAAGUAUCAUCUGCUCAUCCCGUGGCAUCGCCCUUUUCCUGCAUCGCAGUAGAGGAGCUACCCGCAUUUCCGUCGCGUGUUUCCAAAGCUCGCGAUACUCGACUGUCGCAUCCGAUUGCACAGAUGAGACACUCUCUCUUCCUAUCGGAAACAAUGGGGCUAUCUCUCUGAAAAUUACGCGACCGAGCGCGUUGAGCACGUCUGACGAGGGACUGUCUCCAGAAGGCCCAAAUGUAAUCCUCUACCUUCCGCCUGGGCCUCUGUUCCAAGGAAAUGGCAUAAGCGCAUCUCAAAAUCAUGAUAAUUUCGAAUUUGAUCACCAAAAUAUUGGCGAUGCCAACGCCUUGGCACCUGUGGCAGAUUCACCCCAGCAUAUCCUAGCAUCUACCGCGUCUGCAUUGGUAGUCACAGUCAACUACCGCCUCGGGGAGAUACAAACACAUAUCCCCCCAUCAUCAGAUAAAAGCUCUAUUUCACAAGAGUCAAUUGAAGUCCCAGACCAAACCCUGGGAUCAAGCAACCCCCAACUCACCUCUUACAAAUACCCAACCCCAGUGCACGACACACUGGCCGGAUUCGACUGGAUAAAAACUCACCUCCGACCAUCCCAACUAGCUAUCUUCGGCACACACAUCGGAGGCUCUCUAGCUCUAAUGCUAGCUCUAACAGAAGCGCAAUCCAUCCGCGCUGUUGCCGCCGUAGACCCCGUGUGCGAUUGGCCUGGUUUGGAUGAAUACUGCACGCGCGAGAGCACUAGCACAACAAUCAAGACAAGAGCAGGUGAUAAUAACAAUACUACUGCAAGCUCAACAACAUCAAAAAACAAACGACAACCAAGAAAAAAAUCACCCGCACCACCAGACCUACUCCCCCUCCUCCAAGCACGCUCGAAAUUCUUCUCAACACCAGAGCGCUGCUUCGACUCCUUCGCCUCGCCGAUUCUCUUCCUCCGCUCCGCAGGCCGGGACGUGCCGCGCACAUUCCCGCAGUAUCUUACGGGGCCGGAGUAUCCUGUCCCUGUUCUGAAGGAGAAGGCGCGGGUCACGACAGUUGCAGAGCAAUACGCUGCAUCGGAUGAUUUGAUCUGGGAUCAAGAUGUGUAUUCUGAUAUGGAUGUCGACGACGUUGAUGGUAUUGGUGCUACUGUUACCCGGCGCCGGAAGGCGCUUUCGCGCUGGCCGCCGUAUGGGUUGGAUUAUGGGCUUAGUGGGAAGACGUUCUCUGGGCCCGGGGAUGGGAUUGGGCGGUUGGAGAUGACUUUGCCUUGGGUCCGGGUGUUUUCGAGGGAUGAUGGUGCUGCCUUGGGGUCUGGUUCUCUUUCUUCGUCUGCGAUUGAGAUGAAGAAGAAGACUAGAGAGGGCGGGAAUGGGUCUACGGUUCUUGCUAGACAGGCUGAUGAGAUGGUUUCUGCUAUGCGGCGUGCUUGCUUUUGGGGGCGGGAGAAGGGGGUUGGGGAGAAGAGGGUUACUUUGUCUCAGGUUCGGAGUGCAGAUAAUAAUGAGGGAGAGGAAGUGGGGGAUUGGUUCAAGGAUGUGUUUCAAGGGACAAUGGAAGAUGUAGACUAA